GCGGGCGGAGGGGGCGGUGCCGGAGGCCCGGCCCAGCUAGGUUUCACCGUGGCUCUCGCUGCGCUCUGCCUGGGCUAGUAGUGCAGGUGCCGCUGCGCCGGGGCUGAGGAGGCUGCGCGCCCAGUCCAGCAGAGCCGGGGAGGGAUGGAGAGCCGGCAGCACGGGCUGCAGGAGCACCGGCGCGGGGCGUAGGCGGGCGCGAGCCGGCGCUCGGGCGCUAGAAGUGUGCGGGCGCAGAGCACUUUGCGAUAGGAUGAGGCUCCUGGCUGGCGCGCGGUAGUACUAUGAUUUGGUAUGUGGCCACUUUGAUAGCAAGUGUGAUCAGCACCCGCGGUCUUGCGGCUCAAGGUGCCCACGGCCUGCGAGAGGAGCCCGAGUUUGUGACCGCAAGGGCCGGCGAGAGUGUGGUCCUGCGAUGCGAUGUGAUCCACCCAGUGACAGGACAGCCCCCGCCCUAUGUUGUGGAGUGGUUCAAGUUUGGGGUGCCCAUCCCUAUCUUUAUCAAGUUUGGCUACUAUCCCCCUCACGUGGACCCUGAGUAUGCAGGCCGGGCGAGUCUUCACGACAAAGCAUCCCUGCGGCUGGAGCAGGUUCGCUCCGAGGACCAGGGCUGGUAUGAGUGCAAGGUGCUCAUGCUGGACCAGCAGUAUGACACCUUUCACAACGGCAGCUGGGUCCACCUCACCAUCAACGCUCCCCCCACCUUUACAGAAACACCCCCCCAGUACAUUGAGGCCAAGGAGGGUGGCAGUGUGACCAUGACUUGCACAGCUUUUGGGAACCCCAAGCCCAUUGUCACCUGGCUCAAGGAGGGGACACUCCUAGGUGCUAGCAGGAAAUACCAGGUGAGUGAUGGCAGUCUCACAGUGACAUCGGUCAGCCGGGAGGACAGAGGUGCCUACACCUGUCGCGCCUACAGCAUCCAGGGGGAGGCUGUCCAUACCACCCACCUGCUUGUCCAAGGGCCUCCCUUCAUAGUUUCUCCUCCUGAGAACAUCACUGUCAACAUCUCCCAGGAUGCUCUGCUCACCUGCCGGGCGGAGGCGUAUCCUGGCAACCUCACCUACACCUGGUAUUGGCAGGAUGAGAACGUCUACUUCCAGAAUGACCUGAAGCUGAGGGUGCGGAUCCUGAUCGAUGGGACCCUAAUCAUCUUCCGGGUGAAGCCUGAGGAUGCGGGGAAGUACACCUGCGUCCCUAGCAACAGUCUGGGACGCUCCCCCUCGGCCUCGGCCUACCUGACUGUGCAGUACCCAGCCCGUGUCCUCAACAUGCCCCCUGUCAUCUAUGUGCCCGUGGGAAUUCACGGCUAUAUCCGCUGCCCUGUGGACGCAGAGCCACCAGCCACCAUGGUCAAGUGGAACAAGGAUGGCCGCCCCCUGCAGGUCGAGAAGAAUCUGGGUUGGACCUUGAUGGAAGAUGGCUCCAUUCGCAUUGAAGAGGCCACAGAGGAGGCUCUUGGCACUUACACCUGUGUGCCUUACAACACCCUGGGGACCAUGGGCCAGUCUGCUCCUGCGCGGCUUGUCCUGAAGGACCCCCCGUAUUUUACGGUGCUACCAGGCUGGGAGUACAGGCAGGAGGCUGGCCGGGAGCUGCUCAUCCCCUGCGCUGCUGCAGGGGACCCCUUCCCUGUCAUCACGUGGAGAAAGGUAGGGAAGCCCAGCAGAAGCAAGCACAACGCCCUGCCCAGCGGGAGCCUCCAGUUUCGAGCCCUGAGUAAGGAGGACCACGGGGAGUGGGAGUGCAUUGCCACCAACGUGGUCACCAGCAUCACUGCCAGUACCCACCUGACCGUCAUCGGCACCAGCCCCCAUGCCCCGGGCAGCGUCCGGGUCCAGGUCUCCAUGACCACUGCCAACGUGUCCUGGGAGCCAGGCUAUGAUGGAGGAUUUGAGCAGACAUUCUCAGUUUGGUACGGACCUCUGAUGAAGCGGGCACAGUUUGGGCCCCACGACUGGCUGUCUUUGCCAGUACCGCCGGGACCCAGCUGGUUGCUAGUGGACGCCCUGGAGCCUGAGACAGCAUACCAGUUCAGUGUCCUGGCCCAGAACAAGCUGGGAACGAGCGCCUUCAGUGAGGUGGUCACUGUGAACACUUUAGCAUUCCCUGUCACAACUCCAGAACCCCUGGUGCUGGUUACCCCACCGAGGUGCCUCACAGCCAAUCGGACCCAGCAGGGUGUGCUCCUGUCGUGGCUCCCACCUGCCAACCACAGCUUUCCCAUUGACCGCUACAUCAUGGAGUUUCGGGUCGGAGAACACUGGGAGAUGCUAGAUGAUGCCAUCCCAGGAACCGAUGGAGAAUUCUUUGCCAAGGAUCUGUCACAGGACACCUGGUAUGAGUUCCGGGUUCUGGCCGUCAUGCAGGAUCUGAUCAGCGAGCCCAGCAACAUCGCCGGUGUCUCCAGCACAGACAUCUUCCCGCAGCCGGACCUGACCGACGACGGGCUCGCCAGGCCUGUGUUGGCUGGAAUUGUAGCUACCAUCUGCUUCUUGGCAGCUGCCAUCCUAUUCAGCACCCUGGCUGCCUGCUUUGUCAACAAGCAGCGCAGGCGUAAGCUCAAGCGCAAGAAAGAUCCUCCGCUCUCGAUCACUCACUGCAGAAAGAGCCUAGAGUCUCCCCUGUCCUCUGGCAAGGGGAGCCCCGAGAGCAUCCGGACGCUCCGGGCCCCAUCCGAGUCCUCUGACGACCAAGGCCAGCCGGCCGCCAAAAGGAUGUUGAGCCCCACCCGGGAGAAGGAGUUGUCCUUGUACAAGAAGACCAAGAGGGCCAUCAGCAGCAAGAAGUACAGUGUGGCCAAGGCCGAGGCCGAGGCCGAGGCCACCACGCCCAUCGAGCUUAUCAGCAGAGGCCCUGACGGCCGCUUUGUGAUGGAUCCCGCUGAGAUGGAGCCCUCGAUGAAGAGCAGGCGCAUUGAGGGCUUUCCCUUUGCCGAGGAGACGGACAUGUACCCUGAGUUCCGCCAGUCAGACGAGGAGAACGAGGACCCACUGGUGCCCACGUCCGUGGCCGCCCUGAAGUCCCAGCUGACCCCACUGUCAUCCAGCCAGGAGUCCUACCUGCCGCCACCAGCAUACAGCCCUCGGUUCCCGCCCCGUGGGCUGGAGGGCCCAGGUGGCCUGGAAGGGCGUCUCCAGGCCACGGGCCAGGCCAGGCCCCCUGCCCCGCGGCCCUUCCACCACAGCCAGUAUUAUGGGUACCUGAGCAGCAGCAGCCCUGGGGAGGUGGAGCCACCACCCUUCUACAUGCCGGAGGUGGGCAGCCCCCUGAGCUCUGUCAUGUCCUCCCCGCCCCUGCACACUGAGGGGCCUUUUGGCCACCCCACCAUUCCGGAGGAGAACGGAGAGAACGCUUCCAACAGCACGCUGCCCUUGACUCAGACACCCACAGGAGGGCGCUCCCCUGAGCCCUGGGGCCGGCCAGAAUUCCCCUUUGGGGGACUGGAAACCCCAGCCAUGAUGUUUCCCCACCAGCUACACCCCUGUGAUGUAGCCGAGAGUCUGCAGCCCAAGCCCUGCCUCCCCCGAGGACUGCCCCCCACCUCCCUGCAGGUGCCUGCAGCCUACCCGGGUAUCCUGUCCCUGGAGGCGCCAAAGGGUUGGGCAGGCAAGUCACUGGGCAGAGGCCCUGUCCCAGUGCCCACCUCCGCUAAGUGGCAGGACAGACCUAUGCAACCUCUGGUGAGCCAAGGGCAGCUAAGACAUACCAGCCAAGGUAUGGGCAUACCCGUGUUGCCUUACCCCGAGCCGGCCGAGCCGGGGGGGCACAGCAGCCCCAGCACAUUUGGCCUGGACACCCGGUGGUACGAGCCCCAGCCCCGGCCCCGGCCGAGCCCCCGGCAGGCCAGGCGCGCCGAGCCCAGUUUACAUCAAGUGGUGCUACAGCCUUCCCGGCUCUCGCCUCUGACCCAAAGCCCCCUCAGCUCCCGCACCGGCUCCCCUGAGCUUGCCGCCCGGGCCCGGCCUCGCCCGGGCCUCCUGCAGCAGGCGGAGAUGUCAGAGAUCACCCUCCAGCCGCCGGCCGCUGUCAGCUUCUCGCGCAAGUCCACGCCCUCCACCGGCUCCCCUUCCCAGAGCAGCCGCAGCGGGAGCCCCAGCUACCGGCCCACCAUGGGCUUCACUACGCUGGCGACGGGCUACCCCUCCCCGCCGCCAGGCCCCGUGGGGCCUGCGGAAAGCCUGGAUGUGUUUGGACAGACGCCUUCCCCUCGGAGGAUGGGGGAGGAGCUCCUCAGACCCGAGGCCCCCCCUCCACCAGUCCCUCCUUCAGGAACACAUCCACCUGCACCCGGGAAUGCUGCUGCUCCUGAGAGGCUGGAGGCUCUGAAAUACCAACGGAUAAAGAAGCCCAAAAAGUCAUCCAAGGGCUCUUCGAAGUCAAAGAAGCGAUCCGAUGGUUCUGCCUCCCAGGCUCAGCAGCUUCCAAACUCUCAGGUUCUGUGGCCCGACGAAGCUGUCUGCCUCCGAAAGAAGAAGAGACAUUCUCGGCCUGACCCCUUUGCCCGCCUCUCAGACUUGUGCCACCGCCAGCUUCCAGAAGACCAGACGGCAAUUCUCAACAGCGUGGAUCAGGAUGACCCCGGCCACGCCACUCUGCUGUGACACCAGCACGACUCUAAGUGCUUGCAGAGCAAGAGUGCUGGGGUGAGGGGCAGGGAGGGGUGCAUGUAAGGUGUGUGCAAGCCUCGGCCUCCCUGUCAGUGGAGGGUGGCCCUGGCUGCUAGAUCGAGGGCUGCUCAGGCCUCUGUUCUGUCUGUCUCCGGCUAGAGUGGGGGUCUCCUUCACAUCCUGGCCCUCUGGUCUCGGUUUGGGACAGAUGGCUUGGGGCAGACCUUUCGGCUGUGGGUAGAGAUAGGAAGUGAACUGGGGUCAGGGAGAGAUCCCUGCCCUCUUCGCCAGGUGGUUCCUCAUCUCAGAUGCCUGUAUAGUAAAUAAGGGGAGCGCCGCUUUACUGCUUUAUGCUCUUGUUUCAGUUUUUCAAGUCCUGGAAGAGGGUUGGACUUCCAUUCUGCUUCCGAACGCUACAUAUAUAUAGAUAUAGAUACAAAUGCAUAUUAUGUAGUUUGUGGGUUUCUCUAUGUGUAUAUAUAUGUACAUUGAAGCAAAGUGCUGUUUACUUCUGUAGUCGAUCAGAUGAGGAGGAAGAGGGCAGCAGACACCUGGGGUUUGUGAGUAGCACUGGCAGACAGCUGGCUGGCACCCCAGUGUCUGUCUCGGGGAUUACUCCUCCUGAAACAGGAUUCAUGCCUUUUCAGCUUAAUUCACUACUUCUCUCUCUAUCUUCUCCCAUCCAUAGCAGAAAUGGGGGCUUGCCAUGCUUUCCAGCGCCCUGCUGUGGGUGUUCAACAAUGAGUUAUCAUAGAACUAAACACAAGUCUUUCUUUCUUGGUUCCUGGGUGGAGAAAGGGUGGCCAGCAAAGGACCAGACUGGCAUCCUUCUUCCUUCCACAGUUUGGCUCCCGGUACAGAAUUAGAAGCUGCUUAGCAGUAGGUCCGAGAGACAGUCCCUGAUGGACAAACUUGAGCAUGAGCUCUCAUCCCUUUUGGUCCAGCCAGGGCUGGAGCCCUGUGGCCAGAGGACUUCCCAUUCUGGAGCCAUCUGCACUGAGCGCCAAGCUGCGGUGGCUCUAUUUAUAUCCCGCCUCUAGCUCAGCACCCUCUGGAGCACUGUUCCAAAGCUGCUGAUUGGAUUCCUCCUUUCCUUUUGUGGGAGCUAAUUCCCCAGAUUGAUUAAUUGCCACUUGUGGGGAGCCUGCCUGCUGCUCCUUCGCAGGCUCUCCACAUGCUGCCUGCAGACUCUUCUAGGCCCCGGGGCCCUCCUCCUCCCGGUGGACCCAAGCUCCAAGAGGAUGGCCUCGGAUUUCUGGGGCCUAGGAUGCUCUGGGUCCCCUCCUUUCCCUCAGUUCUAUUGAUGUGGAACUGGCUGGGGCACAGGGAUGAAGGUUGAAAGGGAGGUGCGGAGAGGCCUGGGCUCUGAUCCUUUCUCUGCCCAAGUCUAGGCCUAGUUCUGACUCUUAGCACCCAGAGGCCAUUUUAUCGUGACUAAAGAGGUACCCACCUCUUCCAUAAGAUAACAGUGCUGCCCAGGAGCAGGGCAGAGGCCCUGAGGGUGGCUGGGUGCAUCUGGCUUCUCCCCUCUUUGUGUAGGAGGCCACCCUUCUAGCUGCCCAGGGAUCAAGGUGGUGCCCAGCUUCCCUGAAGUAUUUCCUCAUGGUGCUGCCUUGGUGAGGUGGGGGCGGCAUCCAUCUCUCCUGGUCGCCUGCUCGGGUGUUGGCCAAGUCAAAGUGCUGGAGGCCUCUGAGGGCCUUGGGGCGGCUGCCAGUGGCUCGGCGCAGUGACCUAGGUGAGCUGGGGCCUCUGAGAGCAGGGAAGCUGCCCCUUUCUGGGAGCUUCCAUCACAGGGAUGUGUCCUUGUUUGCCAGGCAGGCCCUGGUGCUUCCUUCCUCUUGCCUAGUGAGUGGGGACCAACUCCACCCUUGGGGUUCUGCCACGAAAGGCACAAAACCACAGAUUGUUCCAGGUGAUGAGUCGUGGUGAAAGAGGUGGGGAGGGGCAGUGUCUGGCUCUCAUCUUGUCCGCUGCUCAGUCGCUCUGGGGCUGGGCCUUGCACCCUUGGGGCGGAACCCUAACCUCCGGCUGCUGCCCGUUCUGGGCAUCCAAACCCAGCCACUUACCCCUGGGCAGCAGCUCCAGCACCUGCAGGAGCAGAGGCUUGGUGACUCUGUCUGCUUGUCCGAGGUGGCACUACCUCUGCCCCUCUGCCUCCCAGGUGACUUGGAGUACCUCUCCUGGGGCAUGGGGAUGAAUGUGGGGUCUCAUGCGGGUCGGGGUAGCCCUGCCUGUACUUCCGUGGCAUGCUGUUCCCUGAUGGGCAAUGCUGGCUGGAAUGUGAGCAUGGGACUUCAGCGUGGGUGAGGCCGGCCUUUCUGAGCCCCGUGCUGGGAGCCCUAAGGUUACAGUGAAGAACACGAGGAGAGGCUUUGCUUCUUGAGGAUGGCAGUUGGGGCCAAGAGCUGAGCUCUGGGCUGAGGUCCCCAGGCUCUGCCUGUGCUUUCCAGGGACCCACAGCGAGCCAUCUCCAGGCUCACAAAGGUGCUGACUCCGUCCUUCUUUUCUCCCCUGGCAGUGCUCCUUACCUCAGCACAUCAGACCAAAUGGCUGGAGCUGUGCUUUCCAUUGGCCACUGGGUGGCAGCUGCACUGGGGUGGCCCCGAGGCCAGGGAAAGGACACAGGCCAGCCUAUCUUUCAGUGGCCUCGGACUCAUUUCUUCUUCCAAGAGGGGUUCCUUCUUGUGACAGUGUCCUUGAAGGCCAGCAGCCUUCCUGUACCCCUGGGAGUGAUUUCAGUCCUUCCUUGAAGGGCUGCAGUGGAAACCAGCAGAGUACUGUCUCCUUUGUCCAUGUGAUAGAGGGGAAAGGUGUCCCAGGCACAGGCUUGGGUUCCAGGUGUGUGCAUGCGAGGGUGUGGCUGUGAAUGUGUGCAUGAUGCGGUGUGGGCAUAUCUAGGGGCCAGAUGUCCUCUGUACUCUGCCUUUGACCAAUUGCAGUGAGUACUUUCAAGCUGCCUAGGAUUCCCACACUCUGCUCUGUGGGAGAUCCGGUAGAUGUCUUCCAAACUUCCCCUUGUAGCUUUGCAGUACAAGUAACUGAGAUAAAACCUACUACUGUGUGGGCCCCUUCCUUCUGCAUCUGGACUGGAGACCAUGGGUGUUUCAGGGUUAGGCGACUCACAGACAAAGAAAAGGGUAAAGUGAUUCUAGAAGGGGCCGGAAGCUGAAAGCACUUUGGGGGAUCUGAAACUGAAGUUUGGCGGGGGAAAAGCAAUAAGGAGAAGGCGGAGCCUGUUUCUUCCUUGCUGGCUGACCACAUGGGAGGGGCUUUCAUGGUCCUAGUGGGGCCAGGUCCGUGGACUGUCAUUCGUGGCCCAGUGGCCCAGCUCAGCACAUGGUGACUGGUGAGCUCUGCCACCAUCUCUCCCAGCCUGUCUCUUUAGCUACUUUCCUUGAGAGACAGGGGUAGGAGACGACUUUGGAGAUUCCAUUUUCUCAACAGGAAGGAUGCUUCAUCCUACAGGGCUGGCAGGGUCUGUCGCCCUCUGAGGAGGGGCCUGUGUCCCAUGGUCAUCCUCUUGGGGGCGUCUCAAGCAGAAGUGGAUUGCAGUGAGUAAUUAUUAAUAUUUUUCAGUGCUCCCCAUAUUUAUGUUUGAUUUGUGAUCUAAACUCUUUGGGGUUGAACUGAUUCCCAUUGUUCUCCUCUGCCCUUUCCAUGCAGGGGAAACUGGGUUGGGUUCAGAUGUGGAGUUUCAAGACUUGUUUGUUUGUUUGCAAGAUUGACAAAACAGUAGCUUCAAGGGAGAAACAGACUUUAUGGAGCAUUGGGGCAAUUUCGCCACUCCCCAGGAUUCAAAUCCAGGGCUGAGGUGUGCGAGGCUGCAGCUGUUUCUUCCAAUUUUGUUUAAAAAAAGCCUACUUGGGUGGGGGGUUGGGGUGGGCUGGGGGAGAAUUGUACAUAAAGUACAUUUUAUUACUAUUUAGAGAAACUUAAGAAAAGCUAAUGGUUAAUCUUGGGCUUGCUUUGCUUGCAUGUAAAGGAGCCUUGGGGGGCAUGGCAGGGAUUGCUGGGAAGCAGGAGGAGGGAGUCAGAGGGUAGGGAUGGCAGGAGCAUCGGGGGGCUGCCCUGAGCACAUCCACACUGCUCCCCCGGGGAAAAAUGCACAUUUUCAGUGGGCCUUCGUGGCCCAACCCUUCCUUUCUGUGUUUUACAAAGUAAAGGGAGGCAGGCUCUGGCAGGCAGGAGGCUUGCAGCCCCGUGGGGCUGCCCUUUUGCUUUGGGGAGAGGAUCGAAGAGGUGCGUUAAUGUCCAGGUCUAGCCAGAAAAAGGUGGUUGCUGGGGUGGGGGUUUCAGGAAGGGGAGUCAGAGAGUUGGAGCGUGGAAAGAUCUGCAAGGCCGGAAGGGGAAUAAAGAGCUAAACCGGUCAUGGAGUAGAAGGCAGGGAUCCUGAGAUAUGACAGUAAGACCAAAGCCAGGGGCCAUGAAGCCUUAUUUUUCUCUUUGGGGUGCACAAUAACUUAGUUACCCCUGAGGGUGCCAUAUACAGGUUGGGGGUCAUAUCAAGAAAAGAACAAGGAGUGAUUGCCCUGGGGUGGUGGCUGGCUGCAGAGUGGCAGCAGUGAAGAUUGUUGUGGGGGGCAGGUGUGGGAGGGGGAUAUUGUCAUUGAGAAAAGACUGGGCUAGGGUCUUGGCACCUGGGCCCAGACUGGAUCUUAGAAGAGAUCUUGCCUCUUAGCUAGACUUCCUUGCUUCUUCUAGAAUUAACUUAUAACACUAAGUGCCCAAACCAAACAUGGACAUAGUCUUUUUGGUGUCUUUCGACUUCAUCUGUUUGUUUCUGGGGGCUUCUAAGGCCCAAAGCUAGGAGACUUGUCUUGAGAUCCCCAUCCUGUCACUAGCUCUGUGUCAGUGGAGAAGAAAGAAACGUUCUCAUGAGCUUUGUGUGUGUGUUCUCAUUAGCAGAAGUGGCAGGUGACCUUCUCCUUCUCUCCCAUGAUCCAGAACUGUUCACAGGACAUUGUUCCUGGUGAUGGAGGGGAGACUGGGGCCUGGCCUUUGCAUUUAUCACCCUUUGUUCUUGAGGUAUGGAGACUGCCUUCAGACCAGGAAGCUGCAUAGUGGCUUUUGUCCUACUUUUUUGUCCUUUAAUAGGUGAAGGACACCAGUCUGGUUGACAGUAUAGAGGUGGGGGGCAGGCAGAGGGUGGUGAAAAACCUUUACCCUGAAAUCAGACCAACCAUUCUUCUGUCCUCUGACAUCAAGUCUCCAACUCUGCCACCUUGUGGAUCAAGAGGCAAAAUUAAAAAUCUCUUCUUUAGAAGUUAGUAAGCCAAGGAUCAAAGCCCAGACUGGACUUAAGCAUUUUCAGCAGCUUGAUGUUCAGUGAGGGGUGUCCUUUGCCACCCCACUGUCUGGCUGAGUGUGAAUCCACACUGGCCCAGUACUUCAUUUCUGGGAGCUGAUCUGUACUUUCAGAUAAGUAAAUACACACACACACACAUACACACACCCUCGUCCCCCAACAAGAUGGUCUGCGUGUUGGGUUGCGGAGAGGGUGGAAGUGUUUUCAUGACCUUAUUUCAAGCUGAUAGAGUAAUUCCUAAUAGACUGAAUCUGAUCCAAGGACACCCCAUGCCCUAUGGGUUUCUCUGCAGGAUAAGGAAAACUAAGCAUUUGUGCAAAUAUCAUCAACGGCUGCCCAUACGUUAUAGAAAGAAGAGUCAGAAUAUCUUGAUUGCAAAUGCUUUGGUAGGACAGCAACCAGCAACUGAAAUCCCUUGGCUGUUCUCUUCUGUGCUGGGUCUGCAGUAGUAGUUGGGGUUUCUGAGGAGGGAUGAUGAAAGGGUUGUCAGAACUGGGCUGGGGUGUUGGAGUGACACAGAUUCUUCUGUCCCUGCCCUUGGCCAUCUGCCUUCCCAUUCCUGUAGAUGAAGGAAUGCGUGUCUAGGCCUGUUGUUUUGGGUCUUGAAGAAAUGUGCUUCACCAGUCCCACCUCUCCCUGGCACUGGGUUUGUUUUAGUAAUAAAGGCAAGCUCUCUCCCUCCACUCUAUAUAUACACCAGUUAGGUUCCCUUUCCUUCCUUAGCCCACUCCUUUAUGGCUCCAGGGAUUUUGAACUUGUGCAUGGCAUAUGAUGGGGAGUUGGUCAGGUAGAGAAGGGAAUCCGGGAGGGGAGAUGGGUUGGGCUGGGAGGGGGGAUUUGUAUUUUCAGCCCCAGAAAUACUGUGAGCAUGCUUUUGGGUGAUGUGUGGGGUUUUCACCUAAGUAGGUGGAAGGGGCAAAUUCUGACUCUGCUCAUUAGUGAUGAGAGCUUUGGGGAUUUUUGCUUCCUUCUGGCUUAGGGAAUCUAUGAAACCUUAUUUCUGGUGGAGGGGAAUAAACCUCCUCAUAGUCAUCUUGCAAUCCUUGGGAGGGAAAUCAGUCUACCAGUGAAUAUUUAUAUUACCCAUUGUGAACAGUGAGAGGUCUGUCGUGAGCAGACAGUGUCCUGGCUGGGUCUGAGGUAUGGGACUCUCUCACCUGUCCCCCUGCAGGUACCAGGUCAUCUCCCUGGUCUCCACCCCCCUAGCCAGCUGUCUAGUCCAUGUUCCUUUCCUGGGCUCAGGAAGUAAGAGUGAGUGUGGUGUGUGUGUGGUGUAUGUGUGUGUGUGUGAGAUUUGUAGGGGCAUACUAAUUCGCUUGGGUAGCAUCAGGCCUAAGAGAUCCUCUUUAUGGUUGACUCUUUGCUAGGCAACUUCUGUUUUGGUUGGAGGGUAAAAUUAUAAUAUACCAUCGUUAGUGUAUUUUUUAUGGAGAUUGUAUAAAAAAUUAUAUAAGUAUAUAUAAUUUGUUCUAUUUUAAGGAGCGAGGGAAACUUACAUAAGGUGGGGUGGGUGGGUACAAGGAUCAGAUGCAAUAGUCCUGAGUGGGAGGCUUCAGGCAGGUGGGCCAUCUGGGGACUGGGAACUGGGAGGGCAGGAGAUUAAAGCCAGGCAGGGGGCUCAUGCCCUUGGCACAUAUAUAAAUAUACAGAAACCUAUAUAAAGUCUAGCUAGCUAGCUGAUCUAUAUAUCUAUAUAUCUAUUUGAAGUCAUAGUUUGCUUUAUUUUUGUACCUGUGCUUAGAGAUGUUUUGAGCAGGACCACCUUCCCUGAGGUGGUCUGGGACAUUAGCUCAUACCUUGAUGUCCCUUAUUUCCCCAUCCUCUUCAAUGCCUCUUCCUUUGAGACACUCUCUGUUCAGAGUUGCUUGGGUCGUUCUGAUGGAAAUGUGUAUAUAUGAAAAUUUAAAUAACAAAACAAAUAAUCCACCUGAAGAAAGGGCAAAGGGUUGUGGGGGAACUACUGGGUCUGAUAGCCCCAAGCAACCAGCAUCCACAGUGUCCCUUGUCGUUGGGAGGGGACACUGUGGCUUGAACGCUUUGGCAUAGGGGCUUAAUAUAGUGAGGACUGAGUUGAAGAUUCUGUGAUGUAUUUCCAUCUUGAUGUGGGUUGGUACCCAGUUCCUCUGAAGGAAUCUGGAUCAGCAGCAUUGGAAAGAAGGGCAAGAUUACCUAGGGGCUUACAGCCAAUACCUGUCCUGGUUUGCAGCACCUUGACUCAAGCACUCCUGGAGGGUGUGGCAGAGAGAGGAGGCAUCUCGAGAGCUUUGUGAGGCUCACAGCAUGGAUUCAGUCUUGGAGAAGAAUGCCCUGGUCGUUCUUGAUAUAGAUUCUUGGAACCAGUGUGAAUGUGAUAAUCUAGUAUCAAUAUAUCAUAUAUGUUUCUUUCAGUUAUUAUUUUAAUUGGAAAAAAUAAGGCACCAUUGGAAAUAGGAUGGUCCAAUCUUGGGAUACCGAGUGGAGAUUGAGGAGUAAGAGGACUUUGGAUGUGAUGGGGGUGGUGGUGGGGGAGCUGGUGGAACCUCCUUCUGGCACUGACCUAGGACUUACAGAACUGAACAGUACACUGGAAGAAUCUGACCCAGAACUGGAGAUUGGGGAGCAGGAACUCAUUUGCGUUUGAGCAGGAAACUCUAUACCCUGAAGAAUACCUCUCAGAAUUCAAGACCUCACAUGCGCUGCAAAGGGCCACACACCCUGCAGCCUCCACAGUCAUCUCCUGGGUGCUAACCUUUUCUUCUGACUUGCCAAGAGCUCAGAGUGAUGUGUUUGAAGCUAGUGCUGGGCCAGGUGGUGCAGGCAGCCAGGGGAGACUCAUGGCUGCAAUCUCUCUGCUCUCAUCCUGCUCAUCAACUGAAAAAAGGCAAUACUAACCCCUCCUCCCCAACUGAAGUAUUAUGCUAUCCAAAAACUUUAGUCUUACAGAGUUUGGUCACUAGAGGGAACUCAGAUGUGUCGGCCACAGAAGGGGCUUUUAAAAUAUUUUGGGGUAUGAUGGGAAGAGUAGGGGGGAAUGGAGCUUGGGGCUGACUCCUGACCCUUCUGCUCCCAUAAUGUAGAUGUCAUGGGGCCCUGCCCUUCACUCGGGCUCUGUCUGUGACUACCUGCUCAGAGCACUUCUCAUUGCUCAAGGACACUAGAGAAAAUGGGCUUUGUCCAUGCAAUACAGGAAGGGCCCCAAUACUGGGAACAACUGGCCGUGUGUCCAUUCUUGGCAGGUGACUAAUUGUUGCUGCAGCCUUUUCGGGAGGCCAAAGGAGGGAUACAGCCAGAUGUUUCUUGUAAGAUUUUUUUCCGGGAGGUUGAGCAAGAGAAAAAGCAGCACAUUCUGUGCCCCUUCCCAGCUUGCGAUCCCUUCCAGCCUGCUAAAGUAUCCACAAAAGGGGGCUUUCCAUUACUGCUCUUUUGGCUCGUAGAGCAAUCCCCUCUUUCUCCAUAGACCCUGUCUCACUUCCACUAACGGGUGAUCUGGAGAAGAAAUUAUUUCAGCAUUACAGGCCCUCUUAUACCUAAACCACUAGGUCUAGCGCCACUCUAGGACUCAACUUCUUUUGCCUUAUACCCAAGGCUUUCUCCUUAGAAACCUCAGCAGCAUCCAGGUAUGUGAGAUCAAAAGUUACUGACCUGUGCAUUGCUAUCCCACUCCUCAACCUCCAACUGGCCUCUUCAUUUACGGGAAGAAUAGUGAAGAUGAAGGAUGUAGUCCCUACCUGGACAUUUUGGAUCUUGGAGGGGAUGUAAUGCUACCUCUUCCCUUUCCAUAUUCUGGCCAUGAGCCCUCAGGAAUGUGUUGACAGGGUAGACAGAGGGGAAAGGAUCUAGCCUAGCACAGAUCUCCAAUUUCUCUGAAGAGCUGACCUUUCACCACAGCACAUAGGGUAGAAUGGAUUGUGAUUGGUGUAUACAUGGACUAAGCAAAAUUUCCUGUUUUUGAACGUCUUGGUUAAUGUUACAGGUUGAUGGGAUUAGGCCUUUGAGGUCCACGGCCACUACUAGGAACAUGAGCUAUUCCAUGUACUUGUGCCAUACUCAUUGGUCCUUAGGUAAUGAAGGGGGUAUUGAAUUCUAGUGCUUUUCACUUUUUCGGCAGGUGGUGGAGGCAUCUGCGGAGUUGUUCUGUUUUUGCUACCUCUGCUGUAUGGAGCAAGAGUUUGGCGCAGACAGAUUCACUGGGAAUUGCUCAGCCCAGGGUCAGUGUGGGAGUAUCCUUUUCCCCUUUAUCACCAACCAGAAGCUUGGGGAGGAGGAGUUUGUCCAUUGUUCCUUGGCUUUUUGCUCGGCUCAUCUACUCCUCUUCCCUGUAGAUGAUCAUGCCGAGCCACUUUGGGCAAUAAAGUAGGAGAUGGGGAAACAGGAGAACCUGCCCUGCACACUUCCUGCCCGUGUGUAAAGGGAUUGGCCACAGUGUCAGAGUAAACAGGUGUCUCCUGUUGUUUAGUAAACCAUGGUAAGUACCCGUGGACUGGAGGGGAAGCUUUAUGUAAUGAUCUUGAUCUCUGGAACUUUAGACUGAACUCAGAAGGGGGAUGACUGGCUUAGGGAAGAAUAGCAAGUUUAAAGCUGUAUUUAUCAAGUCAGAUACACCAACCUCAACAGGUCUUAACUUCUCAUUCAGAUUUAGUUUCUGAACUACCAUUUGCGGAGCCAGAGGCUGCGGGCAUGGACGGGGUGUGCUCUCACAGGCUGCUCCUUUUCCGCAGCCCUUGAUGUGCAGGGACCACAUCCUGCCUCGUGUCAGUGACGCCUGAGUCCUUUCAUCUUCCACUUGGCCUCUUCCACCAGGAGGGCUUUGACCAUCCUGGAACGAAUUCUCCCAUCCCUCACCUGGAGGCAGUUGUGUGGGUGGAGAGGGGCUCCUGGUGCCAGGUCCCCAAGCGCUCCAGAACCCCAUGCCUCCGGAAGCCUGGUAGUCCAGAUGUUCGUUCUUUUCUAACGAGUCUGGAUGUGACUACUAGUUUUAUCGUGGGAGAGUUUGCUCUCAUUUCAAACCCCUUUUUCCUUCUUCAGCUUUCUUUGGGGGUUACUUCCAUCCAUGCCAGGCCUUCUCGUGAAGACCAUUCAAACCUCAUUUCCAUCUCUUGAAUGUCAAAUAUUAUAACAUCACUGCGCUAGGGUGCUUUACGGUGCUGUUCCUGAAGAGGCCAGGGACCGAACUUCUUCGUCCCACUGGUUCCUUAAAUCUUGCUGUAUUUUGUCUUCUUUUCGAUUUUUUUUCCCUAGGGGUUUGGGGUGGGAGAUGUAGGGGUGGCUUCUGUGUUUCUUCUCUCUCUCUCUCUCUCUGUUUUCUGUAUGUAUGGACUGGUUAAAGUCAGUUGUCACGGGCAGCUGACUUCAUGUUAUCGCUUGGCUGGCUUUGGUUAACUAUUAAAGAUAAACCAACAAUUUGUACAGCUGCACACAGAACAUCUUGAAGUGUGAAUUUGAAUGGCAACUAGAGGCUUACUUUUUGAACUUCAGGUAUGUAACUCAAAAGUAAAUAAAAACACUAUUUUUUCAGUAAGCUUUUUUUUUUUCUUCUAAGAGACAACUUAGAACUCAAGCUAUAAGAACAUUAACUCGGUGCUGUACCAAAGCCUUAUAUGAGCACGUCCCACACUCUGUAUAGCCUGUCUCUGGUGAGUUCCCUGCUCUUUCACCUCUUCUCAAAAGCUUGGGAAUGCCAGCGUGUGCCGAGCCUGGGGCUGGGUCUUGGGUACCUGUGGGUUGAGGGGACCCCUUGGAGCAGAGGGUGAGGGUGAAGGUAGGACAUCAUUCUGCUUCCUGAGUAGACUGAAACAAAACCAGGCUUUUGUGCAUGUGUGUGUGCACGUGUGUGGGUGUGCAUGUGUGUGUGUGGGUGUGCUUGCCGGUGCACAAGGCCCAAGUGAAUGCUGACAGUGGGCCUGGACGGGAGCCUGGUUGGCUCUGGGAAUGGGCCAGUUGUAAUGAGAGGGGAGCAUAUACUCUCCCCAUUUCCUGUCUCCUUCCCUCUCUUCCAUGCUAGGGGACGGAGGUGUAUGGAAACAGUGUCACUCUUAACUAGGUGCUUUUUCCCCAAGAUCUCCAAAGUCUAACCAUUUAUAAAGGGCCCAUCCCAGAGGCAGAUGCCGCCAACCAAAUUACAGACCGCCAAGAUGGGAAGGGGCCGUCCUCCUCCCCAGCUCGUUUGCUUGCUUGAGGAGGGGGUUCCUCCUGCAGGCUCCCUGAUGGUCCUGUUCCUGGGCCUGGGCCUGUUCUCACUGCCACCCCUCCAGAUGGGCUUCAAUUGGCUAACCUGCCCCUUCUCCCCAUCCACAAAGAAGACUGGACUGCAGACGUCCUGAGCUGCGCUGGCUCUGCGGCCCUAAGCAAUAACGCCUGCCCUGGCGCCAAGGACAGCGAUUCCUUUGGCCUUAGACACUUGCCUGUUGAAAGACUGAGUGAUACCCCAAAGUCAGUUAGGGAGAGAAUCUGCUGCCUGCCUUGGCUCAGGCUGCUGCUGUGCCUGGCUCCACACGCUGGUACUUUCAGGCUUGCUGGAUACUAACCCACUCAUGCCAGUAACAUUGCACGUCCAUAUAGUGAGGUAGAAAUCAAAACAAGCAAACACAUACAUAAGCAACCAAGAAGAGAAGAAAGGGCACACUAAAUGGCGAGAUGGGUAGCCAGUGAAGGUAUCCUGGGAGUGUUGCAAGUUAAAUUGAGUAAAAGAAGUUUAGUAUUUAAUUGCUUCUCAUGUAACAUUACUCUGCUUCAGAAAUGUUUUGUAUUUUGAUAUAA